UCGUCGGUCGUCGUGCUGUGCGUCUUCUGCUCUUUCCACGUGAGGGGGAGGUUUCAUAACAGAUCAUAAUUUGAAAAGAAAGUACAGAAUCAUUAUUAAUAACAUCGAACGAUGUAAAUAAUUUUCAGGAAUUAUGUCUGAUGCUCAAGAGAAAAAAGAAAAAGAGCUAGAACCAAUUGAUAAAGUAGAGUUGAUGCUAAAAAAGACCGGCUGUAUUGAUCUACAUCACGCAGUACAGGAAUGCUUUUUUGAAACCCACGAUUGGAGACAGUGCCAAGAUCAAAUUAAGAAAUUUAAGGAUUGUAUGAAUGUGUACAGAGAAUCACAAGAGAAAAAGUAUUCUUGAUUAAUAUUUGUUAAUAGUGUGC